UCUGGGUUUAUCAGAGGAGGGAGUGCAUGUUUUGACACAUUGUCAGAUGUAACAUGGACGACUCAACACAACUAUCAUGUACUAGCGUUUUGGAAGUUAAACAACCUGAGAGACCGCCAGGUCUGGGUGUCCGGCACUGCCAAGCUUUCAUGACAUUCAUUUGCCUUGUGUUGGCAUAUUCAAUGCGGGUCAACCUAUCGGUGGGCAUUGUUGCCAUGACGGACAACUCUUCAAACCCGGCCUUCACGGAGCUCCCUUGGGACAGCUCUACAAAAGGCAUCAUCCUUAGCUCCUUCUUCUGGGGCUACUUGAUCCUUCAAGUUCCAGCUGGAGAAAUGGCUCGCAAGUUUGGAGCCAAAUAUCUCCUUUUUGGUGCCAUGUUGAUCUGCUCAGUUUUCACUAUGCUCAGCCCCAUCAUCGCUCAGAACCUCAGCUGGACGGUUUUCUUCAUGACUAGGGUCAUCCAGGGCCUUUCUCAGGGGUUUUUCUAUCCCUCAAUAAAUGCAUUUUUGGCUAAAUGGGCUCCUCCAUUAGAGAGAAGUAGGAUAUUUUCAUUCGUGUUUGUAGGAACACAAUUCGGUACCGUACUGACAAUGCCCAUAGCUGGGUACCUGGCCGCCAGUCCGUGGGGGUGGCCCAGUAUCUUCUACUGUACCGGACUGUGCGGUGUAUUGUGGUCUGUGGUCUGGCUGUUUGUAGGCGCCAACUCUCCGGACACCCACCCUUCCAUCAGUGAUAGUGAACGCCACUACAUCAAUUCCGCUCUUGUCAAUACGUCUGCACAAAAUCACAAACUGGCAACUCCAUGGAAGUCAGUUUUGACCUCCGUGCCCUUGUGGGCACUUCUUCUCACACAUCUCGGCCAGAACUGGGGCUACUGGAUGCUACUCACGGAGCUGCCCAACUACUUCAGUCACGUCCUCAACUUCAACAUAAAAAGUAACGGACUGGUGACAGCUCUUCCUUACUUGAUCAUGUGUGUGCUGACUGCGGUAUUUUCGUGGAUAGCGGACUACAUCAAUGCAAAACGUCUUCUUUCCCUCAAUGUGUCUAGAAAAAUGUGGAACUCAAUAGCUCAUUACGGAGGAGCUGCUGCUCUGCUAGCUCUCCCCCUUGUGACUAGUGUCUCUGGUGCCGUCAUCUUGUUGACUACAGCCAUAGCACUCAACGCUGGGAUAUUCACCGGAUACCUCACCAACCACCUGGACCUUGCACCCAACUUUGCCGGACUUCUCAUGGGCAUCACCAACGGUUUCGCUAACAUCACCUCCAUCCUGGCCCCGACAGUAACUGGAUUUAUCGUCUCCGAUGAGACAAGUCGAUAUGAGUGGCUGGUUGCCUUUUACAUUUCCGCCGGUGCUUUCUUCAUUGGAAACACGAUUUUCAUACUGUUUGGGUCCACCGACAUCCAGCCUUGGAACAAACCAUCAGAAGAGGACAGUCAUGUGAAACGAGACGAGCAUGUUGUAUAAUGGAGUUAAACGAGUUAAAUCAUUCAAUGACAUUGUAUUGCUUUGUUUACAGUUUAGCAGACAAUGAGCUUUGCAAACACAAAGAGUUAAGUGUUUGUUACAUAGAAGCACAGAUAAACGCCGGAUUAGAACUACUUUACUGAGUGAUAAUUUAAUCAGAGAUUAAAUGUAUCUAUUAACCGCCCAGGCUUAUUACCUUUUAUAUUUUGUAUGAGAAUUAAAGUUUGUUUACAAACAAAUAUCUUGAUGAUUAUUAAUGACAUGGAAUGAACCAAUUAAAGUUGCCUUUGCUUUAGUUUCUAAUUUGUAUUUUUGAUAUGUAAUAGUAGUUAAAUUAUACGUUGUAUCUUUAUUUGUAUAUAUAUACUUGAUUUUUAUGUGAUUUUCAUACCUGAUCUUACAUAACUUGCAUACACAUUUGAGAAAAACACUGAAUGUCCUGAAAUGAAGGACUAUUUGGAAGAGGGCAUUAUACGUUUAGAAUAGUAAAACUUCUUUAAAUUCUCUAAUUAGUUUUAAAGAAUGCACAUUACAGUCUCCAAACUGGAUUAAAAUGUACAUUUAUGUCUUUCAUUAGAAUAUCCUAAUUUAAUCCUGCGGUUUUGAUUGGCAUUGUCUUCGGGAAUAUAUGAAUGAAGGAAAUAUAUUUUGAACGAGUUUUAAUAUGAUUUGUUGGAUCAAAAAGAUACCCCUUUUAGACAAAAUUGAGAUUGCGUAUCAUUUAAUUUGAGAGGACGAGGCAAUGAGGAAUGAUGUUGCUUUCAAUAAAUUAGUUCUUUCUCAAAGCGCCACGUGGUGACUCUUUCCUUUUAAGUUUUAUAUACCUAUCAGAGUUAGCAUUUAGACUACAAUCGGUAACUGAUAAUAAUCUCUGACGUACUAUAUGAAGUAGAAGAGAAAAUUCUAGGUGUAUUUCAACAUCGAUUUAGGUAUUGAUCACAAUGGAUCAUUUAUAUGAGAAAAAUGUUUGUGAACAUUCAAAUUGUAAUUUUAUAUGUGUGCCAUAUUUGAUUCCUUAAAAAUGCAUACGUCUAUCUAUCUUUCCGCAUCGCAUCUCGAGAUUGAAAUAGAGGUGAAACUUUGCAAGCAACCUCAGCGAAACCUUGGUAUGGAAUACUCGUACCUUGCAAGUUGGCCACUAUGGAUUUAACAUUUUAAAAUUAAUUUCACGUGUUACUACAUAAAGCCUGCUUACUUCUUUAUUUAAAAUUAAAUAGCGUUUCUUAAGUAAGUAAAGUUUCUAUGACGUUUAGCCUGCCAGAUUUUACAGCUCAUCAACUGAUGUGUGUCCUGAAAUCUAUGAAGGUUUCAAAGUUAGCUUGCCUGUAAGUACAUUAUUUUAUGUGUAUUGUGUAUCCAACCGAUGUAUCCAGGAAUUUUAUAAAUGCACAAACCCUUGAGUAUAAAAAUCUUUUAGUGCUUCAGUAUUUUUUAUUUUAUUAAUACAUUGUACUACUCCCCUCCUAUUUAAAAUGUUUACCAUAUUUGUACUAUGAAUUAUUUUAAUCCGGCUUUAAGCUUGUGUAUACUGCUGUAGCUCCAUGUAGGCUUACUAUAUUAUAGCCUCACUUAUGGAGUCGGAUAUCAGAAUCAAAACUCAGAAUCAUACCAUUUCGUUGGACCUACGUUAUGUUUAAUACUUCUCUUUGUUUUAAAUGAUCUGAUUUGAAUGUAUAUUCUAUGCAAUACAUUAAGCCAUGUUUAUACUUGCCAAUUAUUAUUCCAGUAAUUUAUGUAUGUUUAUGUAUUACGUUAUUAUUUAUGUAUGUAAACUAAACUUCCCUCAUAGAGACUAUAACAACAAUUUCUAAAUUCUUUGAAUAAAGCAUCGCAAUAAGAAAGUGUAUUACAUACAAGACUUCUGCAAUCCUAUAAGAGUCUUUUAAAACCCAUUUCGGAUCGUUUAAAAAGAUCGUACCUGUCAAUGAAUGACUGCUGAUGAUAAGAUGGUGAUUGCUGCCAUACAGCAUCUGAUCCAUUAAAGUAGAUUAAAAUCUAACAAGUUGCUUGCUAGGUAAUUUUUUCUGUUUUUUAUUAUUGUGUAUACAUCUUAUCUUAUAUUAUUGUUUUAUUACUAAAGUAUUAUUAAUAAAAUUGUUUAUUAAUGUGUUAAUUUACAAUUCUAUACGAUUUCCUACUGCUAUUGUUUGUUACUGUUAUAACAGUUUGUAAUCGUAAUUUUUGGUGGUUUGAUACUUAUGUAUUUAUUUAUAUUACUUGUCUAAUAUACUAUUGAUUUAUACAUAUGUUCUAUCUAAACAUUUCCAUCUCUCGUGCACCUUUAUUUUAAAAAAUGGUGUGUACCGUUGGAAUAAAUAAAUAAAUAAAAUAAGAUAGGCACCAGAGUUGCAGAUUAGAUAAACCAAUGGGGUUCGUUAUACUAUCCUUUUAAAAAUAUUGAAAUGAUAACAAUGUUA